AUGGGUGCGGGCCAGUCGACUGAUUAUAGUGGAGCGUCGCCAGAGGAACUGAGCUACAUGCUGGCGGAGCGAUUCGCAACAAAAUGCUUCUCGCCCUUGGAACUGACACAUUUCAAAGACAACUUCUUUUCUCGAACCGCAGAGCAAGGAGGCAUCCGCUACUGGAAUGAGAAGACACUGUCAGACUUCCUGGGAGUCCCGGACGGCAGCUGCUCUGGUGCGGACGAGGCUCCGCUUGAUGCUGGGCCUGUGCUGUUUCGCAUGGUUUCGUACCUUGGUGCAUUUCCAUUCCAAAAUACCUUGGCACCGAGCGUUUUGACAUUCGAGGCUAUGGUCAAAGUGGUGGUGCUACUGACUGAGCGCUACGGCAAAGUCCUCCGGCGAGGGCGGAAAGAUCGCAUCAAGUUGCUCUUUGGUAGCCUUGCUGAUGUUGGGAGGAAGAAUGUCGGGAAACCCUUUGAGACGGAUACCGCGGACAAACAAUCGGGAUCUGAAGAAGAUCCUGAGCCCUGUCCUGCCAAGUCCCAUGCGCCAGGAUUCUCUAUCGACGAGCCUGCCAAUGACGAGUAUGACGAGGAUGAGGAUGAUGACCUUGCCCUCGCGGCAUUGGAGUCUCUUGAUGCGAUUGAAGUGUUCAAGCACGAUCACCGCGUGGACCGGACAGUCUAUGAAACGCGAAUUUCGGUUGAUACUUUCCGCCGAUUGGUUAUGCUGUUGCUCGUCAUUGCGCCCUUGAAGCCACUUGAACCGGUCAAGACGUACACAUCUGAUCUUGGUUCUGAACGAAUUGAGGCGAUCCGGAAAGAGGCCGACAGUAUCAUUGCCGCAUUCCGGCCCGAGGAAAGUGAUGGCGGAAUAACGUACAGAGCAUUCGCCCGUACAGUCUCGACAUCCUUGCCCUAUCUAUUUGAUCCUCUGACGGCAUUGUUUGAGCAUAUGUUGUUCAGCAAGAACCUGAAUCUUUCUCAAAGACGACCGAGCGAGGCUACACCCGAGGACAGUGCAGAUGAAAAGGCCGAAGAAGCUGCCUUGGCAAAGCCUGUACUGCUCCCAGGGAGCUUCGAGUCAACGAUUCUCAACCCGACAAUCCUUUCCCACCUCUCAUUCUUCCUGCCCUCAAAAGCGCAUUCUAUGAACCUCUUCAAGAGUGGCGUCCGUCUCCAUCCAGUUUUCUCUACCGCCGCUCACGGCUCCUCGUUGACAUCCUUCUCCCACAACGUUCUCACCUGGCAAUCGGCCAACCUACUCAUAUUACAAGGUGCACCAGACGGAAACAGCGAAGAGAUUAUUACAAUCGGCGCUUAUCUCCCUCAAUCCUGGAAGUCCUCGUCAUCCCACAGCUCAUCUUCCAGCUCCGACCCUCUCCCUUGUCUCUUCCAGCUCUCCCCAGAACACCAAGUCCUAACCGGAAACCCCUCUCCAUCCGUGCAAGCACAAGCCAAUCUCCCAGCAUCUUGGUUCUCAACACAUACAGGCAUCGCAAUCGGCUGUCAAAUCCCACCAGCCUCACGAAGCCACCACACACCCCCCAGCCCGCACGGAGCCGCAAGUCUAACGAUAGACGUGAACCUUGAAUCCGCCGAGUUUCGCGUCGAACCUGUCGGUCAUGACGGUGUAUUCCUCCCAUCCGGAACCGCGUCAAUGGAAGAUGCCUCUGUCAAGACCCGCCUCGAUCUCUAUGCUCUUGAGAUCUGGGGCGUCGUCCCGGAUCCUGAGCUGGCGGUUUCUUCAGAUGCACAUGCGAGUGCGGUGGAAGUGCAGAGGGCCAAGUGGGACUUUGAGGCUCGUGAGGCGGAGAGACGGCGGAAUAUUAAUCUCAAGGCUGGGGCUGGGGAUUCGGCGAAGGAGAGUGCUAGGUGGUUGUUGGAAACGGCCGGAGUUAUUGGUGAUCAUGGUCAAUAUUCUGGCGGCAGCACUUGA